AUGACCACUGCCGGAGCAGUGCCUCCAUCAUCGGCCAUGAAAAGGAAAGAGAGGGGAAGAGAAGCUCUGGACCUUGCCUUUGUGACCGCAGAGUCCGGCGGUAAAGUGAUCAAGGGUAGGAAAGAUGGAAAGAGUGACUUUAAGACGGUGACUGAUACUGGUAAAAGUAUUUCGGACAAGAAUACUAGUCGUGUCAUCGUGUGGAUUGGAGGUGGAAACUAUAUUGAGGAAAUUAGGAUCAAUCGAAGCAAGCCUCUUGUCACAUUUUAUGGGGCACCAAAUGAUAUGCCAAUGUUGGUUUAUGAUGAUAUUGCAAAGGAGUGUGGAACUGUUGAUAGCGCCACCUUGAUUGUAGAAUCCGUCUACUUCACCGCAGUUAAUCUUGUAAUUGUGAAUUCAGCACCGAGGCCGGAUGGCAGAAGGGAGGGAGCGCAGACAGUUUCUUUAAGGAUCUCGGGCGAUAAAGCAGUAUUCUAUAUUUACAAAGUCUAUGGAUUUCAAGACACCAUUUGUGAUGACAAGGGCAAGCAUUUCUGUGAUGUUUUUGUUUUUUGCCAUGUUCCAUUUUCUGGGAUUUUCUGUUUUUGCAAGGGCAAUUUCGUCUUUUUAUAUUUUUCGUGUCGGAUACCGUGGGGUGUGCCGGGUGUGUCCGAGAGUUGGUUGGGGUAUUUCUUUAAGUUCGGGAUUCUUUAAAAUGCAAGGGUUGCCAUUUCGGCAUUUUUUCGUUUUUCGGACAAGACAGUCCAGGGUGGGACCCACUACCAAAAUUGUUGUGCACGGGGGUGGU